AAAAAUAGAGAGGGAAGUACUACGUUAGCCGUUAAACCCUAAACCCUAGUAAGAAUCAGCAGCAGAAUACCAUACCACAACUCCAUUGUCCCUAAACCCUACUGAGCUAAACUUCAUCAAUGGCGUCUUUAAGCUACAAGAAGAGCUACCGUCGUACUCAAUCAUUACAGCAGUUCUACACUGGUGGACCCUUCACAGUUUCUUCUGACGGCACUUUUCUCGUUUGCACUUGCGACGAUUCCAUCAAAAUCGUCGAUUCAUCGAACGCUUCAAUCAAAUCCACAAUCGAAGGCGAUUCGGAGCCGGUUACGGCGGUUGCACUUAGUCCUGAUGAUAAAUUGCUCUUUUCUUCAAGUCACAGUCGCCAAAUUAGGGUUUGGGACCUCUCUACGCUCAAAUGCAUUCGCUCUUGGAAGGGACAUGAUGGCCCGGUGAUGGCUAUGGCUUGUGAUGCAUCAGGUGGGUUGCUGGCAACUGCUGGAGCUGAUCGGAAAGUGCUUGUUUGGGACGUCGAUGGUGGAUUUUGCACGCAUUAUUUUAAAGGGCACAAAGGGGUUGUCACUUGUAUCAUGUUUCAUCCUGAUCCUAGUCGCCUCCUUCUUUUCUCAGGAAGUGAUGAUGCAAGUGUCCGGGUUUGGGAUCUUGUCACUAAAAAGUGUGCCGCUACCAUGGAAAAACAUUUCUCUGCUGUGGUUUCCUUGACAAUAUCUGAAGAUCAAAGAUUCUUACUUAGCGCGGGAAGAGAUAAGGUUGUUAAUAUGUGGGACCUCAAAAGUUAUGAAUGCAAAACGACCAUACCUACAUACGAGGUGCUUGAAGCUGUUUGUGCUGUUAAUUCUGGAACUGCGUUCUAUGACAUUUUGUCAGUACAAAAACCUAAGAAGAGCAAAAGUUCCACGCAAGAAGUUUACUUUUUAACUGUUGGUGAACGUGGGAUUGUUCGAAUAUGGAACUCAGAAGGUGCAGUUUGUAUAUUUGAGCAGAAGAUUUCAGAUGUAGCUCUUAGUUCAGACGAAAAUGAUUUAAGAAGAGGUUUCACUGCUGCCUGCAUGCUACCAUCAAAUCAAGGAUUGCUAUGCAUCACUGCUGAUCAGCAGUUUCUGUUUUACUCCCUCUUGAAGCAUUCUAAAGAAGAUCUGGAUAUGAGUCUUUGUAAGAGGCUGAUUGGAUACAAUGAAGAAAUUGUCGAUAUGAAAUUUGUAGGUGAAGAUGAAAACUUUCUUGCUGUUGCCACCAACCUUGAACAGGUGCGGGUUUACGACCUUGCUUCAAUGUCAUGCUCCUAUGUACUUGCUGGGCAUACUGGGAUCGUUUUGUGUCUUGACACCUGCAUAGCAAGUUCUGGAAAUACACUUAUUGUAACUGGAAGCAAGGACAAUAGCGUCAGAUUAUGGGAUUUAGAAACUAAAAGUUGCUUAGGGGUUGGAAUUGGUCAUACGGGAGCUGUUGGAGCUGUUGCUUGCUCGAAGAAGUGCCGGGAUUUCUUUGUUAGUGGUAGUAGUGACCAUACAAUCAAAGUGUGGAGCUUCGAAGGGCUUGACAAUGAUACAAAAGAGGCGACCAGCCUUAAUGCAAAAGCCGUUGUAGCAGCUCAUGACAAGGAUAUUAACUGUCUUGCUGUAGCACCUUUCGACAGCUAUGUCUGUAGUGGUUCUCAGGAUCGUACUGCUUCUAUAUGGAAGCUUCCAGAUCUAGUGCAUGUGGCAAAACUCAAGGGCCACAAACGAGGAAUUUGGUCUGUGGAGUUUUCACCUGUUGAUAAAUGUGUCUUAACAGCAUCUGGAGACAAGACAAUGAAAAUGUGGGCUCUCGAUGGCUCUUGUUUAAAAACAUUCGAGGGACAUACAUCUAGUGUACUUAGAGCAUCCUUCAUUACACGUGGGACUCAAUUUGUUUCGACUGGUGCUGAUGGGCUACUGAAGCUUUGGACAGUAACAAGUAAUGAAUGCAUUGCUACUUAUGAUGAACAUGAAGACAAGAUGAGACUAUAUGUUUUGAGGAGAUUGCUCAUGCCAUGGUGCUUCGCUCUCCUACUGCAGAAGAUGUCCUCUGCAGGAAUAGAAGGAUUAUGGGAAUUAAUCCUGGUAUGGGCCCUGGCAAUUGGAAAGAAGACAGAAGUGCUUGCUACAGGAGGUGGUGAUGCAGUUGUCAAUCUAUGGAGUGAUUCCACUGCUGUUGAUAAGGAAGAGGCUUUUCGUAAAGAGGAAGAAGGGGUUCUGCGUGGUCAAGAGCUUGAAAAUGCUGUAUCAGAUGCUGAUUAUGCUAAAGCAAUCCAGAUUGCCUUUGAGCUUAGGAGACCUCGUAGGCUCUUUGAACUUCUUUCAGAACUUUGCAGGGAAAAGGAUGCCAAAGAUCAUAUGAGGAAGGCUCUUCAGACUCUUGGAAAGGAGGAAGUUCGACAGCUUUUUGAAUAUAUUCGAGAGUGGAAUACUAAGCCGAAGCUGUGUCACAUUGCACAGUUUGUGCUUUUUCAGGUUUUCAGUAUGCUUUCCCCUAAAGAAAUUGUUGAGGUGAAAGGCGUGGCGGAACUUCUUGAAGGGCUCAUCCCUUAUUCUCAGAGGCACUUCAGCAGGAUCGAUAGACUUGAAAGAAGCACAUUCUUGUUAGACUACACUCUCAUUGGCAUGUCAGUUAUUGAACCUGAGUCUGAUAGAGGUGAAACUAGAAACAGCUCCAGAAAGAAAGUGGACACAGAUGACAGCUCUGAUGAUCGAGCAGCAGGAAAAGAACCUGUGUCUGAACCCACUGCGGAGACACAGCAAAAAAAGAGUUCCAAGAAACGAAAAUCUAAGAAAUCUGUAGAGGUUUGUUACAAGAAGGUUAAGUUACCGGGUGCAGAGGAUUCAGCUGUAUCAUUGCAAGCGUAAUGUAGCUAUAAUGGUUUUUUGUGUUCUGGCACUUGCUGUAGAGACAAGGCAUUAAAUAUUCGUCUCAUAAUUUAAUCAAUUUGUACAAAAUCACAAUUUUGUAGCGAUGAGAUUUAGAAAAGUAGAAGGAAGAGAGCCUACUGUUCACACCUUGGAAGAGUCGUUAGCCUUGAGCAUUUUAUAGAACAUAUAAUCUAAUAGAUUUCAAGAAGGUUUUUUU